AUGGCAAUGUUACAGGCGAAUCGACCGUAUCCGUCCAGCCCGAGCCCCUAUGCCUCGGCGCCGUCGGCACCCCGCGUCUUCAUUCCUGUCACAGGAAACCAGCGAGUGGUGAGCUGGACAGGUCCACAGGCGAACACGGUGACCAGCCCCGUGGCGCCGGUGCCGGUGAAGUCUCCCAAGAGCCCCGGCAGCUCGCCGGUCGGUUCUUCACCUCCGGCGCGCUAUAUCGUUGCCAAGGUGGCUUCGCCACAUGUGGUGACCAAUGCCAUUCCCUCACCACAGCCGCUGCUUCCCGGACAAAGCCCACAAGGUCGCUUCUCUCCGGUGAGCCAGGGAAGCCAGAGGACCUAUGCCAGGCCUUCGACAGCCUCACCUGUGGCCCCACGAGCGUUGUGGACACAGCCGCAGACGGUCCUCAACCGCACCAACUCCAUUCCAACUGGGAGUCCGGUGGCUGCAGCCUCGCGUGUGGUGCAAGGAUCCAUGGUAGCACCCGCUCCUGCCAAGCGCCCGGAUCCACCGGUGACAAUCAAUGGCCGUGUGUUCGAGCGACUCAAGGAGCUGGGCAGUGGAUCCUUUGGAGUGGUCUGGGAGGUGGUCGAGCAGAAGCCAAAGACGGGUAGUCCAGCAGGGGCUGACACGCCGAAGCUCGCCCUGAAAAAGAGCACGCCCAACAAAAAGGAAUUACUGGAGGCAUGUUUGUUGGAGGCGGAGGUCCUGCAGCAGUUGGCGCGCGAACUCCCCUCCGACGUGGCCAAGCGGAACUUCGUGCCGAGGUACGUGACCCACUGCGCGGUGUCCGUGAACGGCAACACACAGGUGUUGCUCGCCAUGUCAAAGUUGGAUGGUGUGCCUUUGGAUCAAUGGUUGUAUGGGAUUAAUGAACACGAGCUGAAAGUCAUUAGUAUGCCCGAUCUCCUUGAUGGGCCACUGCCGAAGGGCCAGCGAUCCACGAGGAGCUUGGAGUCUGCAAGCCAUAUCGUUGCUGUUCUGAUGAAGCAGAUGACACCAGUCUUUGCGACGUUGCAAAAGAUUGCAUUUCAUCGAGAUAUCUCCGCGCACAACUUCUUGAUCGAUGAGUGUGCUGAUGCUUUAAAGUUUGCGGUCCUGGACUUUGGAUUGGCCGUGCGCUCGGGUGGCUGGAAGCAUGAGUGGAAGGGGAGGAACAUUGCUGGAGACCCCCGCUACUUCGCCCCAUCCGCUUGGAUGCAGCUCACCCAUGGCUACAGGUACUUGGAGAACAACCCCAAGGUGUACUGGCAGCAACAGUAUGCUAGCCGCCUGGAUCAUUAUGCCUUCGGGAUCUUGAUCUGUGAGGUGUUUUUUGGAUUGUGGAAAGGUCCAGAGGAGUUCGAGGGGAACCCACUGGAUGACGAGACCAAGGGAUGGAGGAAGACCUUGUUGGCUGCUCGCACCGCCUGGCGAAAGUACUGGACCACAUGCGUGGGACUUUUCCAACGGUUUCAUUCGGCAGGAGCUGCGGGCAUUCGGCACUACUUGGCCGGUGGCCACUUGGACAUGUUGGGUGAGCAGCUGCAUAUGUUGGUACGACACCUGGUAGCUGUUGCGGACUCGCCACCUGGCGCAGGUCAUGCAGACAGUGGAGCUGUGUGCAAGAAGGUGUCCAUGCUCUUGAAGGCGGCGGGUGACCUCGUCUGCCCGAAGAGCACCUUCAAAUGGCAGGAGCUUCAGGUGUGUCUGGCAGAGCUCAUGGAUGAGCCCCUGGCCCAACGCAAGUCGCACUCCCGACGUCGGCGGCUGUCCACGGCACCGGCCUCAACCAUCAAGAACGCGGUGGAUUCCAUCCCAGAGAAUGAGAGAUCGCCCUCCGUGUCGGACGAGAGCGUCGAGGAGGAUGACUUCUUCUGCGUCAAGGAGAAGCACUGGGAUGUGACGAACAUUCAGGAGUUUUUGGGUGGUGGUCUCCUUUGCCUUUGGCCCAAAAAGGAGCUGACCUUGGAACGCGAAGAAGCUGUGCUCCGCGUGACCACCACCUGUUCAAGCAGCACCCAGCGGCGGCCGUAUGCCCAGCUGACGAUGGUGGAGCAGCGCUCAGCCUGCUUCGGCGUGUGCGCGGGGAUCAACUCGGACUUGGCACCCAUGGACGAGGAGGGCCACGGGGGCAUCGUCCCGGGAUUGGGCUGUGAUUCGGCCCUGGUGGAGGAGAUUAUCCGAGAGUUGAAUCUUCGGAAAGAUGGUCGAGGAAAGAUUGCGCAGAUGAGGCAGCAGACGUUCAUGUUGGACACCAUGAGCAAGAUCGGAGUUCAGGUGCCCAUGCUCCUGAAGCACUUCGCAGUCCAGUAUCCUCCCGAGGCCUCCACGAUCCAACAGAUCUUCGGAUCCGCAGCGCCCCUCUUCCGCCCUUGGAAGAAUGCGGUGGCCGAACGGGAGCCGGAGGAAUUCAAUCCGAUUGCCUACGACACAACUUGCUGUUGCGAUAGAUUGGCCUGCUUGUCGAAGACCUUGCAGUUGGACCCCGACGAGGCGAUCUUGACACAAAAGCAAUGGAUCUCCGACACGGUGGUCACCACGAAGGUGCCCUAUGCCAACAUUGAGUCCGUGGAAGCGGAGCAGAGCUGUGGUUGUUCGAGCUUGACCGCUGGCGAGCUCACGGAACAUCAUGCCAUCCAGCCGGGCACCGGCUGCUCGAUGGACAUCGUCGAGGCCAUCCGAACGGAGCUCCAACGGCGCGUGGAUGCUCGCGGGAACCGUCGUCAAAUCAAUCAACUUGAGGAGAUGAUGCAACGCUUCGAUGACCUUGCAGCGCAGCUACCCUUGCUGAUGCAGAAAUUGAAAGCAGAUGUGUCCUAUCCACCUUCCCAAGAGACCAUGAUGUCGGUCUACGGGCCGGACGGUCCAGAGUAUUUGCCGAGGCAGUCGGAUCAACAUCAAGAAGCGAGCCGGCAGUUCGAGACCAAGACCUAUGACGUCUUGAACCAGGUGCAGAAUGUUUGCAACUUCAUUUGUACUUGUGGGCCCACGAAGCAUACGGUCACAUUGACGCAGGAGGAGGUGGUGACGGAGCGCUCAAACAAUUGCUGCAGUAGUACGGAACGCAAGCCGUAUGCACAAAUACAAGAAGUGGAUGCAGGCGUUUGCUGCUUCUGCUGCCACGGAGUGAAUGGCAUGAGCCCAGGAUGGUGUGGAGAUGAGGCUUUGGUGAAUGAGCUCGCGCAGGAGUUGCAGGACCGAAAAGUGGGGCGUGGCAACAUCGCUCAACUGAGAAACCAAGAGAAUACCAUGGUGAAGGCAGUUGAAAGCGACAUCCGUUGCGACAUUUUGCUGCAUCAACAGCAGAUCGAGUACCCCCCUUCGCAAGCCACCAUGAGCGGCAUCUAUGGAGCACAGGCACCGACCUUGCCACCUGCCAGCGGACCACGUGGGCAGGAGCUGCACUUGAGUGCAUCUGAAAAGAUGGAGAACAAGAUGUUCCACAUUGCCACCUGGUGUGACGCGUAUUGCUGUUGUGCCGAACACACCCUGGAGUUGAAUGAUGAGGAGGCGGUUUUUCACCUCAAGAACUGUUGUAUGGAUUCUUGGAGCCGCGAGCCCUACGCUCAACUAGGGUCGGUGGAGCCUGCAGAAGCCUGCAACCACACCUGCGUCGGCGUGUCGACGGACAAGCAGCACAUCAGUCCGGGUUUUGGCUGCAGCCAUGCCCUUGUGAGCGAGAUCGCCCGCGAACUUCAGUACCGGAAAGUGAAGCGUGGCAACAUUGCACAAAUCCGGCAGCAGGAGAACCUGAUGAUUGAAAUCAUCAAGCUGGGUGUGAAACUGGAUUUGCUCCUCCACAAGUGUGGCCUCUCCUUCCCACCGAGCCAGGCCUUCAUGGAUGAGACCUUUGGUGCUGGCAGUCACCUGCCGGCGGCGCAACCGCCGCCGCCCGAGAGGCGGAGCUCGAAGACGCUGGUCACAGUGAAGGUUCCGAUGGGACUUCGUCCGGGGGACAGCUUCCCGGUGACCACGCCGCAGGGUCAGGUGCAGGCGGUGGUGCCACAUGGUGCUGUUGAAGGACAAGAAAUACAGGUGGAGAUCCCUCGGCAGCCGAUCGUCAGUACUGAGAUGGCACCCUUGAGCGACAACAUCUCCUGA